AUGGCGGCAUCCACGAAUCCACCCAGCGGGGGCGACGAAGAGGCAACUGCAGGGGGAAAAUCGCUAGUUCGGGAACCCGGGGCUGCGCCUUUCGGAAAUUUUCCUCAGUACUCCAGCUUCCAUCCUCCAGAGCAACGGCUCCGCCUUCUUCCCCCGGAGCUGCUCCGGCAGCUCUUUCCACCCGAGAGUUCUGAGACGAAGCCGAUCCUGGGGCUCGACGUGGGGUGUAAUUCCGGGGAGCUGAGUGUGGCUCUAUACAGACACUUCCUUUCUCUGUGUGACGGGGAGACCUGCUCAUAUGCCUCAAGACAACUCCGUUUCCUCUGCUGCGACAUAGAUCCAGUCCUAGUGGAACGAGCUGAAAAGGGAUGCCCUUUCCCUGAUGACUUGACAUUUAUUACUCUGGACUUCAUGAAUCAUAGGACCCGGAAGGUUCUCCUGAGCUCUUUCUUAAGCCAGUUUGGACGCUCAGUUUUUGACAUUGGCUUCUGCAUGUCAGUAACUAUGUGGAUUCAUCUGAACCAUGGGGACCAGGGCCUGUGGGAGUUCCUGGCCAACCUCUCCUCCCUUUGCCGCUAUCUUCUGGUGGAGCCUCAGCCUUGGAAGUGUUACCGGGCAGCUGCAAGGCGUCUCCGAAAGCUGGGCCUCCAUGAUUUUGACCACUUUCACUCACUCGCCAUCCAAGGUGAUAUGGCCAGUCAGAUUGUGCGGAUCUUGACCCAGGACCAUGGCAUGGAGUUGGUAUGCUGCUUUGGCAACACCAGCUGGGACCGAAGCCUUCUGCUCUUCAAGGCAAAGCAGACCCUAGAGACUCAUCUAAUCCCUGAAUCAUUGAUAGAAGAAGAUAAUAAUAGAUUAAAAUUCUGGAGACAGUGA